AUGGUGGAUGUGAUCGAUGCUGAAAUGACAGAUGCAUGUAUUCGAGUGAUGAUUGCUGCUGUUGUUAAUUAUUUCCAGGAGAACAGAUUUGCUCCGUGUGGUUUGUUGAGAGACAGUUAUGCAAGUGCGAUACUGAGAAGUGAUCUAAUGGAUAGGUAUGGGUUGACAGACGAAGGUGACAAAAUUGUAGCGAUGCGUAUUACUGGUAGUUGGGUCUCGAAACUGUAUGUGUUUCACAUGGCGACGAAGCAUCGUGAUUUAGAUCACCCAAUCAGACCUAUAAAUAAUGUUGGUUUGGUGCGUCCUCUGAAACUAGAUAUCAGUCAGUGUUUCGAGGACUUAACAGCUAGAUUUAUCCAUAUACGAAUCGCACAUCAGAUUGCCAGUCGAAUGGUGCGAUCUGUGUGUAUAGUGUUUUUCGAAGAUGUGAAUGAAUUGAUUCAGUUGCGGAAGCUGUACCGUCGAAUAUCCAGUGAUCCAUUUUAUUAUCACACUGACUGUGAAUAUUUGACGAAAUCAUCUCGACCGUCAGUCAGUGACAAGAUGAGUAGUAUAUUUGGUCGAUUGGUCACCUAUUUGAGUGUUUUUGAGCCGAAUAGUGAACUGUUUGAUUAUCCGCAGUUGAAAAUGAAUGGUAGAACUCGAGAACAACACUAUGCUGAUUACAGUAAGAAUUGGAAGAAGAUACUGGAGACGAUUUAUACAGAGUUGUAUAUGCCGAGUGGAAGUCGUUUAUUGGAUGUACUUAGACGUAGAUGCAAGAUUGCAGAAAAUAUCCCACAAAAUGAAGUACUUUUGAAACAAUGUUGGAAUGAAUAUGGUGUCGGUUGGAAUAUUUCGGAGUUUAUUUUCCGAUAUUCACUUAAUCGUUAA